UACGUUCACUCCCGGGUUGUGGGGCUGCCAUGGCGGCUGUGCGGGACGUGGAGAUCGAUCCUGAUGGCACGUUCAAGUACAUCCUGGUGCGGCUGCAGCGGCCUGGCGGCGGGGAGCAGCGCGACAUCGUGCGCGGCACCAAGGCGGCCGAGUUCCACAAUCACAUCUUUGAGAAAGUAAAUCCUGAGAUGGAGAAGCUGGGAUACGAGUGCAAGUGCCUUGGAGGAGGGAAAAUUGAUCAUAAUAGCAAAGAGAAGAAAAUUAGGGUGUUUGGGCUGUCUACAGGCUAUGGAAAAGCAGAUCAUUCGGUGACUGUAGAGAUACUGAAAAAAGUGUACACAGAUUAUGAAAUUACAUGGUCAGAUGACAAGAAAUAAAUUGGCUACUUAUGAAUGUGACAAGCAGUUAAAAUCUGGAAACUUUCUGUGAGUUGUGCUUCAAUAAAUAGAAUGGAAUGUAUGUUAUCAUGAA